AUGAAGCUCGCAACUACAAUUCCUCUAACUAUCCUCUCCGCAAUCACGCUCCUCCCAUCCACCUCAGCAUGGAGAUUCACUUGGCGCGAUGACGAGGGUAACCAGUGGACUGAGUCCGGCAAGGGCCCGCACACAUGCACUAAGAUCCAGCAUGCCGAGGGAGAGACGUUCGCUUGGAAUAAUCAAGGGAAUGACAAUAUCGGCAUCUAUCUAUACUCCUCGUCAGGUUGCUCGGGGAGCCUUGCCGGAUGGUCAUCGAAUAUCUGGGAGAAGGAGUCUUCAAGAGACCUUCUUAGUUUUAAGGUGGCGAAUGAAGGUGCUACGACGACGGCCGAUGUUACGACCACAGAAUCUCUCACUGGUUCUGCCGAUUCUACGGAUACGGUUAUGGCUACGGCUACGACUUUGAUUAGCGGUGGUGCUUCCAAUUCGACUGUGUCAGGGUCUUCGAGUGCGGUGGAAACGAAGACGAAGACGAGUGUACCGACUUCGAGCUCGCCUGCCUCAAAAAAUUCAGCUUCGGGCUCUACUGCGGAAAACUCAGGAUCGAGUACAACUGCGACAGGGGCGUCGGGGUCGAGUGUCCCGUCUUCCACUGCCUCUGCGACAGACGGAGCUUCGACGGACGAGUCUUCUGCAGCUUCACUUUCUAAACACAAUUCCGCCAUGGCCGUUGCAGGGUUGGCCAUCGGUAUCGCGACUUUUGAAUGGCUUGUUUAG